AUGUGCGAUAGAGCGAGACAUAAUGGUGCUACGGCAUCCACAAGCAGCUACGACAAGUAUCACUGCUACAGCGGGAGAAACAAGCUCUCUAGUAGCUAUAGACGCCUGCCUCCUGUCCGGCACGCGGCGGCCAGCGCGGCCUGCCUGGCGGGCGUCGGGCACGCGGCCGCGCUCGGCUGGCCGUACUACGCCGCGCUGGCCGCCGCCGUCACCAGAGCGGGACACCAGCCUCCUGUCCGGCACGCGGCGGCCAGCGCGGCCUGCCUGGCGGGCGUCGGGCACGCGGCCGCGCUCGGCUGGCCGUACUACGCCGCGCUGGCCGCCGCCGUCACCAGAGCGGGACACCAGUCUCCUGUCCGGCACGCGGCGGCCAGCGCGGCCUGCCUGGCGGGCGUCGGGCACGCGGCCGCGCUCGGCUGGCCGUACUACGCCGCGCUGGCCGCCGCCGUCACCAGAGCGGGACACCAGUCUCCUGUCCGGCACGCGGCGGCCAGCGCGGCCUGCCUGGCGGGCGUCGGGCACGCGGCCGCGCUCGGCUGGCCGUACUACGCCGCGCUGGCCGCCGCCGUCACCAGAGCGGGACACCAGUGUCCUGUCCGGCACGCGGCGGCCAGCGCGGCCUGCCUGGCGGGCGUCGGGCACGCGGCCGCGCUCGGCUGGCCGUACUACGCCGCGCUGGCCGCCGCCGUCACCAGAGCGGGGCACCAGCCUCCUGUCCGGCACGCGGCGGCCAGCGCGGCCUGCCUGGCGGGCGUCGGGCACGCGGCCGCGCUCGGCUGGCCGUACUACGCCGCGCUGGCCGCCGCCGUCACCAGAGCGGGACACCAGGUGCGUAGAGCGAGAGAACAGAUAGGCUACGACGCGUGGCAGUGCUACGACGGAGAAGUGUCUUUAGCAGCUUCUCCUGUCCGGCACGCGGCGGCCAGCGCGGCCUGCCUGGCGGGCGUCGGGCACGCGGCCGCGCUCGGCUGGCCGUACUACGCCGCGCUGGCCGCCGCCGUCACCAGAGCGGGACACCAGUCUCCUGUCCGGCACGCGGCGGCCAGCGCGGCCUGCCUGGCGGGCGUCGGGCACGCGGCCGCGCUCGGCUGGCCGUACUACGCCGCGCUGGCCGCCGCCGUCACCAGAGCGGGACACCAGUCUCCUGUCCGGCACGCGGCGGCCAGCGCGGCCUGCCUGGCGGGCGUCGGGCACGCGGCCGCGCUCGGCUGGCCGUACUACGCCGCGCUGGCCGCCGCCGUCACCAGAGCGGGACACCAGCCUCCUGUCCGGCACGCGGCGGCCAGCGCGGCCUGCCUGGCGGGCGUCGGGCACGCGGCCGCGCUCGGCUGGCCGUACUACGCCGCGCUGGCCGCCGCCGUCACCAGAGCGGGACACCAGUCUCCUGUCCGGCACGCGGCGGCCAGCGCGGCCUGCCUGGCGGGCGUCGGGCACGCGGCCGCGCUCGGCUGGCCGUACUACGCCGCGCUGGCCGCCGCCGUCACCAGAGCGGGACACCAGUGUCCUGUCCGGCACGCGGCGGCCAGCGCGGCCUGCCUGGCGGGCGUCGGGCACGCGGCCGCGCUCGGCUGGCCGUACUACGCCGCGCUGGCCGCCGCCGUCACCAGAGCGGGGCACCAGCCUCCUGUCCGGCACGCGGCGGCCAGCGCGGCCUGCCUGGCGGGCGUCGGGCACGCGGCCGCGCUCGGCUGGCCGUACUACGCCGCGCUGGCCGCCGCCGUCACCAGAGCGGGACACCAGCCUCCUGUCCGGCACGCGGCGGCCAGCGCGGCCUGCCUGGCGGGCGUCGGGCACGCGGCCGCGCUCGGCUGGCCGUACUACGCCGCGCUGGCCGCCGCCGUCACCAGAGCGGGACACCAGGUGCGUAGAGCGAGAGAACAGAUAGGCUACGACGCUUACCAGUGCUACGGCUACGGCGGGAGAGAAGGGCUUCGGUAG